AUAAAACCUCCCGUUUCCGCCUUCUCUCUCUGUUUUUCUCUUCCUCAUCUCCCCUUCCUUUCGCCAUUGAAGUUUCUUUCCAGAACUUCGGAUCUUCUUCUUCUUCUUCUUCUUCUUCUUCUUCUCGUUUCCUCUUUUCGGAUACAAGCUUCCGGCGACAACUGUAGAGAGAAAAGGAGAAGGAUGAGCCAGAGAAAAGGAGAGACUCCAUAUCACGUCCUCCACAAGCUUCCUCCCGGCGACAGCCCUUAUGUCAGAGCCAAGCAUGUUCAGUUAGUUGAGAAGGAUCCAGAUGCUGCCAUUGUUUUGUUUUGGAAGGCGAUAAAUGCAGGAGAUAAAGUAGAUAGUGCUCUUAAAGAUAUGGCAAUAGUUAUGAAACAGCAAGACAGAGCUGAAGAGGCAAUUGAAGCUAUAAAGGCUUUUAGGGACCGCUGCUCCAAGCAAGCUCAGGAGUCCCUUGACAAUGUUCUCAUUGACUUGUACAAGAAAUGUGGGAAAAUUGAAGAGCAGAUACAACUACUGAAGCAGAAGCUUAGGAUGAUUUACCAAGGUGAGGCCUUCAACGGGAAAGCGACCAAGACAGCUCGCUCUCAUGGAAGGAAGUUCCAAGUCACCAUCAAGCAAGAGACCUCUAGGAUACUGGGAAACUUGGGGUGGGCCUAUAUGCAGCUGGAAAAUUAUUUAGCUGCAGAAGUGGUUUAUCGUAAAGCUCAGAUCAUAGACCCUGAUGCUAACAAGGCUUGCAACUUGGCCUUAUGUCUAAUCAAGCAAGCACGUUAUGCUGAGGCACAGUCAGUCCUUGAGGAUGUUCUACAGGGCAAACUUCCAGGAUCCAGUGAUUCCAAGUCAAGAAAUCGUGUUCAAGAAUUACUACAGGAUCUGGAGCAACAAAAAUCCCUGUCACCAUCUACAACAACAACAGCUUCAAGUUUAGAGGAUGCAUUUCUAGAGGGACUUGAUCAAUUGAUGAGCCAACGGAGCCCAUAUAGAUCAAAAAGACUUCCAAUCUUUGAACAGAUCUCUUCAUUCAGAGAUCAGUUAGCCUGUUGAUUUUCCAUCCGUUCAUCCUCCAUCUCGAUUCUCAAUUUUGACAGAAGUGCUUGAAUGUUAUGAGUGAAAAUUGGAGUUACCAAGGUUGAUUCAGGGAUGCCAAUGCAAGGAACAGCACUUGAAAUCUACUAUGUAUUUCUGAUCUUACAAUUACAUCCUUUGUAAUGCGACUCCGUGCUACAAUGUUCUGCUAGAGGGUUGCUGAAGGAGCACACAAAUAAAUUCUACAGUACAAAGAUGGAUGUGUUCAUGUGUUAUACAACAUAUAUACAAUAAUAUCAAAGGAUUAUGUAUAAGACAUAUACAAUAAUAUCAAAAUUAACAGGCCUUUACCUUCUGUAAAAUUCAUCUUUCUCUGUCUCAAAGGAUUGAAGUGCUUACCCCUAGGAGUAAAUUAUUGGGGUAAGAAAAUCACAAGUUUUAUCUUGUAGGUGAUUUUCACAAAUUAGUCCGAGUUUAAAAGGCUAAGGUGAUGCUGACCA